GAUAAGUUAAUUAAAUCAUUAUUAAAACGUUAUAAGAAAUUAGAAGUUGAUUUAACUAAAUUUAAUUCAAAACAAAAUGGUAUUUUGAAAACUAACAUUUUGAGAACAACGUUACUUCCUUUCCUAAGAAACUCUUCCUUGUCAAAUAAUUUACCAAAUGAUUCAAAAAUUUAUACUAGCUUGAUCAGUAUAAGCACUACUAAUCUAUUGAAAUGGUGGAAAUCGUUAUUGCUUAGUUUAUCUCCCUCUUCAAGACAUCAAAUUUCAUCCACCGAUAGAAAUGCAUACUUGGAAUGUAUUUCCAGAAUCAUCGCCAGAAAAGAAUGGAACCAUAUCGAUUCGGAAAUUUACUCUCAUUACCAAAACUUAUUAAUCGAAACUUUGGACUUUUCCCUAGGUAAGUUACAAACUUUGAAAAUGGUUCCGGUUUCAAUAAGUGCCUUUGUCGGUAAAGUAUUCGCUUAUUGUUUUUUCCACUUACCAAAUGUUAAUAAUGCUUUAUUAUUUCUUCUAAACGUUAAACAGACUACGUUUGAAUCAAUAAAGACCAUCCCCUGCGAUGACUUGGGUUCCUUAUACUCUUGCUUCCCCAAAUCUUUACAUUGGUUGAUUAAUUUCAAUGGUAUGAAUAUUCCAAACGAUAAGAAAAACUUCAUCAACUGUAUUCCUCCUCCAAAACAUCCGGUCGAAGGUAUUAGUGAUCCAAAUGGUUCAUGGGUAAGAAGGUGGUGUUCUAGUGAUAGCGAUGUUUUCAACUCCUUUUUCAGACAUUACAUUUCAAUCAUUCAACUAAAAUUAUCUAAUUUUGAAAUUUUAGACUCAUCAAUUCUCCUUAAUUGUCCGGGUUUCAACGUUAUCCUAAGCCAUAUUCAACAAAUUUUUAAUGUCUCAAUUACAAGAAUAUCUAAAAAUAAUUCAUUAAAUAAAAUUGGUUCUUCAAAUUUCCCAAUUCCUUUUAAUCAAAAUAAAAAACAACCUAGUCAAGAUGACGUUUAUUAUGAUUCAAUCAUUAAACUCUUGAAAACUUUAAGAGAUGUUAACUAUUCAAAUUUUUUCUUAAACAAUGAAUUAAUCAAAAUGAUUGAUGAUAUCUUAAUCAAUAUAACAAAAUCAAUUAAUGUUUAUGAUUAUUCAAAAAAUAGCUUGGUUUUGAAUAUUUUUUAUGAAUUCGUUAACCAUAUCUUUGAUAAUUCAAUCAUCAAUUGGGAAUUUUGGUUAAGUUGUACUUAUAUGAUGAUUACUAAUACUGAUCAUGUUCAAACCCUCUUGAAAAAUUUGGCAUUCCUAUUCAAUAUUUGGGAUAUGAUUCCAGAAACUUUAUCCCUAAAUUAUUUAAAUUCUAAUGAACCUUAUUUGGUCUGGUUGAAAAAUCCAAAUCACAGUUUCAAAACGAACUUCAUUAAUUGGUUAAUCUCAAAUGAAAUUUGGAAUAAAUUAUUCAUUCAUUGGCAUCCAAUUGUUAGAUCCUAUUAUAUCAAAUUAAUCAUAUGGAGGGUAAUUGGUAUCAACAAUUUUGAAAAUUCAAACUCAAUUCAAAUUACUAAAAAAAUUGAAAUGAAAUUAAACUUAUCUCAUCAAAAUUUAAAAAUUUAUUUCAAUUCAAAUAAACGAAAAUUGGAUUUCACUCCGGAUAAUCCUUUGGUUAAUAGAAAAUUUGGCAUCUUACCAACAAACUUGAAAACUGAAUUAUUAAUCAUUAAUGAUCAAUCCCAAGAAGUUUCUCCUGCUGCUUUUGGUAAACCGAGUGAAUUAAGAAAAUCACAUCCUUUUGAAGUUUUCGAUGAGGCUAUUUAUAGUUGUUCUUCAUUACCAGCAGUCAAUUCUAGCCAAUCCAAUAUUGAUUCUGCUCCUUCAUCCACACCUGGAUCUCCGGAAAAAAUUCCAAGAAAUAACUCAUUUGUGAAUUCUAUCGGGAAAUUAUUCAAAAUGUUGUCUUCGGAUGAAUCUUCUUCAACUGAUAUCAAGCAAAGUCCUCAAAAAAAUAGAUUAAGCAAUAGAAAUUCAAUCUAUAGUAAAAGUAAUGAUGAUAUGAGUAAAUUAUAUCCUCCAUCUAAAAAUAAUUUUUCAUUGAAAAAUAAAAGAAACUCAGUGUCUUUAACGUCAUUAUCAACUGCAUAUUCUAAUAAGUCAAGAUCAUCAAGUCCAAGCAUAAUGUCAUAUCAGUCAACACCAACUUCAAUUACUGAUUUUUCAACAGAUUCCUCCUUAAGUGAUUCUUCAAGUGAAUUAUCUGAUCAAUUAAAUCAUACUAAUUCUAAUAAAAAUGAAGCAUUAAAUCAACCUCCUGAAUUAUUCAAAAUUCCUCCCGAAAUUAUUCGACCUUUUUAUAAAUUUGAAAUUAUUAUUGAUAAUGCAAGCAUCAAUAAUAAAUUUCAAAUAAUGCAAAUAACUAAUAGUAACAUGAAUAAAUUUGUUCAUAGUGAAAAUCAUCAUAAUUUCCCAAUGAGACCAAAGAUUCCAUCAGUGUCAAUUUUUUUAAAUGCUGAUUCGUACAGUAAAUUUUAUAUUAGUACUGAAAAUAUUUUAAUAUCAAAUAGCAAUCAGUACAAUGAAGAAGAAUUUGAAGAUGUUGAGAAUUUCGUCAAUGAUUUCAAUUCAACUUUUAAGCAAGUUAUUAAAUGGAAUAAUUUAGGUAAAAGUUUAAACGAAUGGAAUUCUGUCAUUGAUGAAUUUGAAAAAUAUUUGGUUAAUAAAGUAGAAAUUGAUGAAUUUAGUUAUUUACAAUCAACCAAUGAUAAAAGUUUUGAUAUAAUUAACGAACGUGAAUAUUUCAAAAAGAUUAUCCCAUUCUUACCUGUUGAUAGUAUCAAUGAAUUCAAAUUACUAAAUGCC